AUGUGGAGUCCCACGCACGUACAAGUUACAGUUCAGAGGACCAGGGGCUUAAACUUCAAGAAUAAAAACGCCAAAAAUGAUGUGUUUGUCACCAUUGGUUUGGGGAAAGAAAAAUAUCAAACAUCGCCAAAAGAAAAAGCUAUUGAUACCGAGUUGACAGAAUGGCACGAAGUUUGUGAAUUGCAAAUUCCUAAACAAGGAAAUACCGCAGAAUUAGUACUAAGUGUACUUCAUCGAAAUUUUUUGGGACUAGACCAAUUUUUGGGCCAGACCACAAUACCUUUGGCCGAUAUAGAUGUUUAUGAACGUCCUAAAAGCCAAUGGUAUCCUCUAAAAAGCAAAAAUGGACAAGAAAACAAAGAACGCGGUGAACUACAGGUCAAAAUAGCAUUCACAGUUAAAUCUGGAAGUCUAAGGGAUCUUAGCAAGAAAGAAAAACACAGAUUAUCUGUAGGGCAAUUAUCUCACACUGCUUCUAAUAUCAGUGGUAGUUUGAUGAGUAUUAGUAGUGUUGAUAAAAAAUCAUUUAAGAAGUUAGCCAAAACAAUAACGGGGAAAAUUAAAAGAGAGAAAAAAAUUCAAGAAAUAUCGUCCUCCAGUAUAAAUUUAAAUGUGGAAAAUCCAAACAAAAUAAAAUCUUUACAAGAAGGAUACGAUGCCGAUCCAGGUGUUAUCAGUGACGAUGAUGAUUUUGCACUCGAAGAUUUAUCGCACAAAGGGUCAGCUUGCUCUUUAGAGACAUCUGGUCAAUCUGAUCGCAAAGGUGUGAACAGUUCACCUAUUAGUGGGUUAACAUUACAUAUUCAUGGAUCAGUUGAAAGUGUUAGUAACUCAGAUACAAUGAACAAAUCUCCAGUUAUGAAUCGUUCACCAGUUUCUCAGACACAAGACGAAUGGCAAAGAAAACUGUACAAAAACAAGGAUAAUAAUAUGUUGAAACUUUCUGACACUCUUAAGUCAAAAUUGAAAGACACUGUAGACAUGCCAAUCAAUCACGAUAGAACUAAAGAUAAAAGUCCAACACCAUCUCUCAAAAAUAGUCCUAAAGUUCAAAAGAAACAUCCUAUUUCACCACUUGAUGACCGUUCUUUUAACAAUAAAGAAUCCAACCAUGAAAAUGACACAUUACCAAAAAGCAAGUCGGCUUUGUCCUCGUGGAAUAAAGCAUAUGAGCGCAUCAUCAUUGGCAAGGAAAAAGAUUCCAGUCACCAUCAAAAUUCACAUUCCAAACACUCAUCAGAGGUGCUUCAGAAGUUUGAUGGCAAAACUAGAGAUGACUUGAUCGAAAUGGUCAUUCAGCUGCAAAGUAGUUUGCGUGAUGAGAGCAAACAGAGAACCGAGUUAGAGGAGUACUUGGACAAGUUGCUGUUGCGUGUCAUGGAGACAUCACCGAAAAUCUUGCAAACGCCUUACAUUUGUUACAAGCGUAGAGUAUAG